AUGAAAUUUUAAUUUUGGCCUUUUUGGUAAGAGCAAAAAUGAAUGAGUGAAAAAAAAAGAGGCCAUCCCAUGCGGUGCAAUGCUCUCUUUGAACAACGCCAUAAAGCUCAAGGCCAAGGCGCCUCUUCUGCUGCAUUCCUUCACUCUACCCACCACCAAAAUCACCCUAGUGUUUCGCAGCGUUUCAACUCCCUUAAAUGAAACUGCCCUAUCCCUAAAUACCACCACACCCAAUACCAUACCCUUUCUUCGCUGCCGAGCAGCCAUGACGACCGCGGCCUGCGUUCAAGUCAAAGAGAAAAUUGAGUUGACAGAGACGGAGAAGAAGAUUUUCGAUAGGCUUUUGAACACCCUUCGUCAUUUCAAUCUCCAAACUCAGCUUCGAGUUGCUGGUGGAUGGGUUCGCGAUAAGCUUCUUGGCAAAGAAUGUUAUGACAUUGAUAUUGCACUUGACAACAUGUUGGGCAGUGAAUUUGUUGAUAAGGUUCAGGAAUACUUGUCAACUACAGGGGAAGUUGCACAGGGCCUUGCUGUCAUUCCAAGUAAUCCUGAGCAAUCUAAGCACUUAGAAACUGCAAGGAUGCGCCUUUUUGAUUUAUGGAUUGAUUUUGUGAACUUGAGGUGUGAAGAUUAUAGUGAGAACAGCCGCAUCCCUACAAUGAAAUUUGGCACUGCUGAGGAGGAUGCAUAUAGAAGAGAUUUGACCAUUAAUAGCUUGUUCUACAAUAUUAACACCAACUUAGUUGAAGACUUCACUAAAAGAGGGCUUGAGGAUCUAAAAUUUGGAAGGAUAGUGACUCCAUUACCCCCAAAGGCUACAUUUUUGGAUGAUCCCCUACGGGUUCUUCGAGCUAUUCGUUUUGGUGCACGGUUUGAUUUCACACUGGAUGAAGAAUUAAAGAAAGCUGCUGCUUGCGACGAUGUCAAAACAGCUCUUGCAGCUAAAAUUAGCAGAGAGCGCAUUGGAACUGAAAUUGAUCUCAUGAUCUCUGGAAACCAACCUGUUAAAGCAAUCGACUACAUUUGUGAUUUGACAUUAUUUUGGGUUGUCUUCAGUCUCCCUCCAAAGGUUGAGCCUGCUGUGUCAGAAGAAUGCUAUAGGCUUUCUGCUGCUUAUUUGGAUGCUUCAUGGAAACUUAUUCAACUUAUUGGAUGCUCCAACUUUGAUGAUGAACAGAGAAGGCUCUGUUUGUACUCUGCUUUAUUUCUUCCAUUACGCAGUGCCGCAUACAAGGAUCGUAAAGAUAAAAAGAUUCCUGUGGUCAAUUACAUUUUCCGGGAUUCUCUUAAGCGAAAAGCCAGUGAUGCUGACACAGUCAUGAACAUCCACAAGUCACUGGAGAAAUUCUUAUCCUUGAUUACUUCUCUUUUAUCAAAUGAGGAUAUCCAACUCACUGAGGUUGACUGGGGAAGAGAAUUUGAUGAUGUCCCUUUUACUUCAAAACUGCGUGUAUUGACAGGGUUUCUGCUUAGAGAAAUUAAAGAUUUUUGGCGGGUUGCUUUGUUGAUCUCUACAUUGCUAUAUCCCACCGGUACUGAGUGCAGUCAGGACAUUAUAGACAAACACUUUCAACUGGACAAGAGAAAAAACAUCUUUGUGUCAGUCGACAAUGCCAUUGUUAAAUUAGGUCUUGAGAAAGUUUGGGAUUUAAAACCAUUGGUUAAUGGGAAGGAUAUCAUGAAUGUUUUGCAGCUUAAAGUUGGAGGGCCACUUGUUAGGGAAUGGCAACAAAAGGCUCUCUCAUGGCAGCUGGCACACCCUUCUGGGACUGCGGAGGAAUGUCUUGAUUGGAUGAAGGAAACACAUUCGAAGCGCAUAAAGAUGGAAUUCCGACAGGUUGAAGUAUCGAGGCAGUCUCUGUUAUAUGACUAAAUGCAGUUCAAGUCCUACCGUGCUAUACAAAUAAGUUCCUUAAUCUUUAUGCAUUUAAUAUUGGUGCAAACAAGUAAAACCGUCUAAAUGUUGAUGCAGAUACAUUGAAAUUUGACAAUAUGGAAUUGUAGAUGGAACCAAAGUAGCAAAAGAAAUUUUUUUCACUA